CAUUUCAAUUCAUUCCUUUAUAAACCCAUUUACAUUUUUUUCAUAUCAACCAACUCAAAGACACAUCAUAAACCCAACCAAAUUAGUACUACAAACUAUGGCAUCAUCUUCACUUCUCUUAACCACUCUCUUUCUAGCUACCCUAUUUGCCGCUUCUACAGCCAAUUUCAACAAUGAAUUUACAAUCACUUGGGGAGAUGGUCGAGGUAAAGUUCUCAACAACGGGGACGACCUCACCCUCUCCCUCGAUAAAGCUUCCGGCUCCGGCUUCCAAUCCAAAAACGAAUACCUCUUUGGUAAUAUUGAUAUGCAGUUAAAACUUGUCCCUGGUAAUUCAGCUGGUACUGUCACUGCUUACUAUCUCUCGUCUAUGGGUAAAUCCCAUGAUGAGAUUGAUUUUGAGUUCUUAGGGAAUGUUAGUGGACAACCUUACACUUUACAUACUAAUGUAUUUGCUCAAGGCAAAGGUAAUCGUGAAAAACAGUUUCACUUGUGGUUCGACCCUACUAAAGAUUUCCACACUUACUCAAUCCUUUGGAAUCCACAGAUAAUUGUUUUCUCUGUUGAUGGAAUUCCAAUUAGAGAACACAAGAACAUGGAAUCAAAGGGAAUCCCAUUCCCUAAGAAUCAACCUAUGAGGAUUUACUCUAGUUUGUGGAAUGCUGAUGAUUGGGCUACCCAAGGAGGUCGGGUUAAGACCGAUUGGGCUCAAGCUCCUUUCACUUCUUCAUACAGGAACUUUAAAGCUGAUGCUUGUGUAUGGAACUCUGGUUCGUCUUCGUGUGGGUCGGGUAUAUCAGACUCAAAUUGGUUGACCCAAGAGCUGGAUUCAGCGAGCUUGGAAAGGAUGAGUUGGGUGCAGAAGAAUUACAUGGUCUACAAUUACUGUGCAGAUGUUCAGAGGUUUUCUCAAGGCCUUCCUACUGAAUGCACAACUACAUCCUAAUCCUAAACGCAUUUAGUCAACUCAAAGUUUUAUUUUGUCUUAGAAUUCAAUUAAUUAUUCUUUGAUUCUUUUGUAGCAAAUUAAUGUUCCUCUAGUUCCUCCAUUUCGCAAUAGGUGUAUCAUUUUUUUUCCACGUAUCCCAACAUGCUUCAUUGAACCUUAA